AUGGGGCAGCUGUUUUCGUCAGAAGAAGAGCUCUCUCAUGCUCAGGACGUGCUCGGUGAGGUCCUCUUCUCUUUUAUGUUGGAUGCUGGUGCCGUCCCAAACCUCAGAGUGGUGCACCCUCUGCUCCUGGCCAAUGACACCCAGGGCUCCGGCCCAUCCAUCCAGGAACAAAUGCUACAGCUUCAGAGAGACAUUGGAAGCAGAGCACCUACGUACUUGAGGGAUUUGAUUGGUCGGCUCACAGCCUUUUCAGAUGAACCUCGGCUGGCUGGUUUGGUGGGGUCCGUGGUGACAAUGGUGAUAGACAUGGCUUAUGCAUCAUCCAAACCACCGGCAAAGUCCUCUGGGCCAUCUGCUAGACAGAGAGUUUGCGAGCUGCAGGAGUUGAUGGAAGAAUACCUGAAGCGCUGUAGGAUUAAUCUGAAUGAUAAAAGUAAAUUAACACAGGACACAUUCAGACUGGAGGCGCAGCUUAGUCUGAACCUCACUCAGCUCAAAACCUGUUUGCUCCGAGGUGACUGCGACUCCAGAUCUUUCAGGCAGUGGGCCAGCGGAGCAGCCUUCCACACCCAAAUGUUGGUGCAUCUGGCUGGACUCGAGGGUCAGAUAGAGCCCCAGGCUGCGAGGGGAGCUCUGUCACAGUACAGAGAAGACCUGGAACUGAUCAUUCCAGUUUAUAGGAAGUAUAAAGCUGGCACAAUAAGUGUUGUGAAAAGUCAUGGCGGUCUCUCGUCCUCCUGUGAAGAGUCCAGUGAUGUAUUCGAGGAAGGAGCCAUGACGGGUCUGACCCUGACCGAUCGAGAGACUGGCGUGAGCGUCACUAUACCUUUGUGCGAUCUGCAGACAAAAACAGGAAGAAGACUAGAUGCCGGAAUGAGUGAUGGUGUUUCCAAUAAGUCCAUUAACCUUGACUUAAUCUCAUCCGAUUUCUACGCACAAGCUUACCUGCGUCACUUCUUCUCCGACCAGGGACCCGUGGCUAAAAUGGAGACAUAUUUUACCAACGCCAGUGGCAGCCUGAGUACAUUUAGGACUAAUUCUAAAAAGGCCAAUGGGACAGAGGGGAGCACUGUGUCAGAACAAGGCGGCAGAGUGCCAUUGACAGACAGAUCAGAGGCGCGGCAAGAAAACGUCUUGUAA